AUGGUGCUGAGUGUCGGGGUUUUGAAGCUAGCCAAUGCUAGGGCCUUGAAGAGGGCUCUUCUUUUUAGAAACAACUACGACAACGACUCCGUCACAUACUCCCCCACCGGCCGCGUGUUCCAGGUCGAAUACGCCUUGGAAGCAAUCAAACAGGGCUCUGCGGCCGUCGGGCUAGCCUCUAAGAAACACGUCGUAUUGGUGGCAUUGAAGCGAAACGCGGAGGAGCUUGGCUCGUACCAGAAGAAGGUUCUUAAGAUUGAUGACCACCUCGGAAUUGCCCUUGCGGGCUUGGCCCCGGAUGCUAGAGUGCUCUCCACUUACUUGAGAUCCGAGGCAAUGCAGAGCAAAAUGGUGUUCAACAGACCAUUGCCGACCCAGCAGGCAGUCAACAGCUUGGCUGACAAGGCGCAGAACAACACACAGAGCUACGGUUCCAGACCGUACGGGGUGGGUUUGUUGGUGGCGGGCUACGACCAGACAGGCACCCACUUGUUUGAAUUCCAGCCGUCGGGUUCCGUGUUGGAGUACGUGGGGGCUUCCAUCGGCGCCAGAUCUCAAGCCGCCAGAACCUACUUGGAGAGAAACCUCGAGACUAUCACUAACUGUGCGACCCACGAGGAGUUGAUUGUUCACGGCUUGAAUGCCUUGCGGGACACCUUGUCGCAGGACGUUGAGUUGAACCUGAAGAACACCAGUGUCGCUGUGGUUGGUGAGGGUGUCAAGUUCACGUCAUACGACGAUGAGAACGUCCAGCAGUGGUUGGAUAAAUUGGACUCGGUGAGUAACAACAGAAACAGUGGGGAUGUUAAGGAGGAGGAGGACUCAGCUGGGGCUGUUGACUCUGCUGAGGCCCCAGUCGAGGCUCCGGCUGACGAGGAUAGAAUGGACACCACUGAAUAA